CACUGGAAAAUAUCAACAUAACACAGGGAGCAUUUAAGCUGGGCAUACAACUGCAAGGAGAAGGAGUGUCACGACGUAGAGAAUACCGACUCCACGAUGGAACAAGACGAGAACAACACCAUAUACCUACAUCAAUAUGACGACAUGUACGCUUUGAAAUACCUACCAGCCAUAGUGUUUGUAGCUAUUUUGAUGUUGGUUGGUGUCGUUGGCAACUCACUGGUCUGUUACGUGUAUCUGUGCAAGUUCAAACCAAGCACAACAAGGUGUUUCAUUGUAACACUAGCACUUCUGGACAUUCUGAACUGUUCUCUAAGCAUGCCCUUGAAGAUCGUACACAUGAGACAUCAUGCCACGUCCGGGUUGUAUGGCUGCAGGUUUGCCACGAUUAGUCUCACAUUCUUUUCGUUGGCAUCCGCAGCAGUUCUUUUACCAGUCGCUGUUGACAGAUAUUUGAAAAUCUGCAAACCAUUCGCCAGCCAGAUGACAAUCUUCUACGCAAAGGUAGGAUGUGCGGUGGCGUGUACUGUGGCUUUACUUCUAACCAUACCCCCUGCCAUUAUCCAUGGCCCUACCAUUCAUCCACUGCCUCACGCAAACGCCACAUUUUGCUACCUUUCUGACGGAGAAAGAGGAACUCUUCCCCACGUGAUAUACUCUGGUGUUCAGAUGCUGUUAUUUGUAAUGACUGCAGGGGCUCUCAUUGUCAUGUACACAUGUAUAUGGCAUAGGGUGUACAAACAGAAGAAAGCCUUUCGUCAAAGGGCAAGAGCAGGCUCUUCUAACACGAUGAGUCCAAACCGUAAUUGUACACAAGAAUCUACUAGUGAAACGGUUACUUCUAGCCCAAAUGAAACUUCAAUGAUAUCCCAAGAAGGCAAUCAGAGCCUUGACCCCCAAAAGGAUUCCAGCAGCUUGAAGACGGAACAUGAACAGUGUGCAUUCACGAGCCCUUCAAGGAGUGGACCAAUACAUGACAAGGGAGUUACUACAACCCUUCACCAGGAAUAUGUAGUAAGGAGGAUGACCCUAAUGUUAUUCCUCAUAAGUCUCAUGUUUUUCGUUAGCUUCCUGCCCUACCUCAUUAUUACGGUGACUGUGUCAAGUAAUAAGAGCUUUGCAGAAAGACUGACUGUUAUUUCAAGUGCAAGUGUCAUCAUAUUCGAAAGAUCCUACUUUAUCCAGAGUGCAUGCAACCCCUUUAUAUACAGCUUUUGUAGUGUGAAUUUCCGCCGUGAGAUGAUGAAAGUGUGUCGAUGAGCGCCAGAUGUCAUGCUGACCAUGAUUCUGUUGAAACUGUUAUGUAAAUUGUGUGACUGAAGAUCUCCUAUUGCAAACGAAUGCUAUACGAUAAAAGGGACUUACUUUUUGAUAUUCAUGGGGUAUCUGAUUUAUAUUUCGGCCACUGCAUCAAAAUAUAGCAGCAUCUCUACUUGUUUCAGGAACAAGUUAUUAUUUUCUUAAUCAUCCGAGCCCUCGCCCCCAAAUCCCCUGUAUAUCAAAUGGUCCAUUUCACAUGCAACUAUGGUCAUCUAUAUGCAACGAGAUGGGAUGUUUUGUUCAUUGUCAGGUCAUAUCCAUUUCUAUAAUUUAUAUAUGUGCGAAGUUUUUAUGUAAUUGCUACAUUAUUGUGGAAAAGUAUUUGACAGUAUUUGAAGCCUAGGUUCUUUCUUAACGAUGUUUGUGUCACAGACUUAACAGCACUCUGGACAAUGCAAUGUUAAAGAAUUGUAGCUUCUGAACAACAUCCCUUUUGUACAGUGUUGAGAACAUAUCGUUCAGGAAAUCUGAUGUAAUCCAUGCGUAACAGCGGUCAGUUGUACAAUUGCCUUAGCACAUCAUUUCACAUUAUGACAUUUGUAGCCUUAAUCCAUUUUCCCCUGGGCCAUGUCUGUAAUCAAAUCCAUAAGCCCCAUGUCCAGGGCAACGCCAUUGUCUCUUUGUCUGUCUAUUGUUGUCCAAUAGUGUAUAUAUAUGUUAAUUACAUCUUUACUGUUAGUUAGUCUGGUAUUCCAACGGCACCUGUAUGUACAGAUGCGAGUAGGAUACGCCUGCUUGCUGGACUUCACUUGUAGUUGUUGAGUUGGAAUCUCCGCUCGACAUAUUUCCAUUAUUGAUUGUAUUUGUUUGUUUUAUUGCCGACUAAAAAAGUUUGGACUCAAAGUAUUCUUCGUCUUCAAUCUGAGCUAUUUUCCCCGUCAACAUACGCGUUGACAACUGGUGGAGAAUCCGGGUAUGAUGCCCACAUGGCCCACAUGCAGGCACCGCAGGUCAG